UGUCUAUUUGCUACUUGAACAUUACGCAUAUGAUUGUCUCCAUCUUAAUUUUUUGAUCAUUCAAUUCAUGAGUAGUCACGGUUCUUCUUUAAAUAAGUACUUUUUAGUUUAAAUCACUUCCAGCAUCAAUUUAAUUCCUCAAUGUUGUUCAAAAUUAAAAUUAUUUGAUUUUGAUACUUAAUUUUUGAACACUUAAUGAACAAAGAAAUUAAAUAAUAUGUCAUUCAUAAAGUCGUCUCCAGUGACACACAUAUUAAUCACACUGGUGUUUUUAGUGUCUGGCCUUACUGUCAACUUGUUUCAAUUAUUAUUUUUUAUAAUCUUAUGGCCAUUACAUAAAGAACUUUUCAGAAAAAUUAACUACUUUUUUGCAUACAUUAUUUACUCAGAACUCGUUUUCAUAUCUGAAUGGUGGGCUGGUGUACAAUAUUACUUUUAUGUAGAUAAAGAAGAUUACAAGUUUUUUGGCAAAGAACACGCAAUAUUCAUUAUUAACCACAAGUAUGAAAUUGACUGGCUAACUGCUUGGGUCAUUCAUGAUCGAAUUGGAGGCAUUCUCGGAAACUGCAAAGCCUUCGCGAAAAAUAGUCUCAAGUACAUGCCUGUGAUUGGUUGGGCUUGGUGGUUUAGCGAAUUUUUAUUCCUCCAGAGAGACUUGGUAAAAGAUAAGUACACAAUCGAAACUAAGCUCAAAACAUUGUUCGAAUAUGAAAACCCAGUCACGAUGUUGUUAUACGCAGAAGGUACCAGAUUCACAAAAGAAAAACAAGAAGCUAGCAUUAAGUUUGCUCGAACAAAAGGUCUACCGGAGUUAAAAGAACACUUACUGCCGAGGACUAAAGGUUUUAGUAUUGGAUUGCCUCAUUUUAGACAUAAUUUACCAGCCGUCUAUAAUGUUCAAAUUGCUUUUAAAGGAGAACAAAAACCAUCGAUGAAAGCAUUGUUAAAUGGUCAACGAUUAGAAGCACAUGUAUACAUGGAAAGAAUACCUAUUGAACAAGUUCCAGAAGGUGACAAAGAAAGUGAAAAAUGGAUGUACGACAUGUACGAAAAAAAAGAUAAAAUGAUGAUCAGCUUCUUAAACACAGGAGAUUGGUUUAAAGAAAGUGGUGUAAAGCCGCUGGAGAAAUUUGUUCCACCAUAUCGUUAUUAUAGUCUUCUAAACAUGGUUAUUUGGUCAAUCUUGAUUUUAAUACCGUUUUUCUAUUUUGCAUUUAACAUAUUGAUUUCGGGAAAUUUACUUCAUAUAGUACUGAUGGUGGUACCAAUUAGCUUACUUUAUGUAGUCUUAUCCAAAUUGAUGAGUGUUUCUGAAAUAAGUAAGACGUCUUCAAAAUACGGAACAGAGAAACAAAAAACGAAAUAAAUACAAAUUAAUGAAACAAAGAAAAAACAUUUAGAAAAGUUUU